UGGUUGAGUUGUGUUAGUGUUCUGUGUGAGGGCCUGCCUAAAAGGCGCCUACUGGUCGUGUGUGACAUUUGCUGAUACAGGACACUCUUUGACUAUAGAUAAAGAUGUGGUCCCGAACAAUAUUAGCAUUCGCCUGCAUUGCGGCGGCGAGCGCUUCACUCGAAGUAGUGAACCAAUGGAGUUUCCUCCAAUUUGACUUCCCACCAGACCCAGUGCUGUUGGAGAAGUUUCAGCCGGAAAACACCGUCCCCACCGGUCUGGAGAUCGGAUGGGAUAGGGUGUAUUUGGGAAUACCGCGACUGCGCGCUGGUGUACCAGCCACCUUAGCGUGGGUACCACGCUCUUUGCCACCUGGUGUCAGUCCAGUUUUACAGGCAUACCCUGACUGGUCAUGGCACACAGCUGGAAGAGGAGACAUCAACUGCACGGGUCUGGUCUCCGUGUACCGUGUAAGAGCUGACCGUUGCAAUCGCCUUUGGGUCCUGGAUGCUGGAGUGGUGACCAGUAUUGAUGACUUCCGUCGCGUAUGCCCGCCAAAGAUACUCGUAUUCGAUAUGGCAACUGAUCGUCUGGUAAGAAGUAUUUACUUCCCACGGGAGCUCCUGCGACCAGCGUCUCUCCUUACCAACAUUGUCCUUGAUGACACCAGGUCGAACGCCCACCAUGCAGCUAAUUGCGACAACAUCUUCGCCUACAUUAGUGACACUGUUGCUCCAGGUAUUAUCGUUUACGACGGUCGUCGUGACAACGCAUGGCGCGUCACCCACGCUUCUAUGUACCCAGACCCUGACAUGGGAGAAUACGACAUUGGUGGAGACAAGUUUACUCUUAUGGACGGCAUUGUUGGUUUAACUCAUUCACCAGCCCAAGGUCUAUUGUAUUAUCAGCCCUUGGCUACUGACAGAAUAUUCAGCGUGUCAACAGCCGUAUUGGCUUCUGGUCCUCCAGCGGAAGGUGCUGAUUUGCCAGUCAAUCUAGUCGGUCGCAAGUCCUCUCAGGGUCUUGGUAUUGCCGUGGACCCAAGGGAUGACACUAUAUUCUUCAGCCCCAUGUCAGAAACUGCUGUCGCCGCCUGGAAUCCCAUCACCAAUUCACAUAGAGUUUUAGCCCAAGACGCUGAGAAAUUGCAGUUCUGUGCCGAAGUGAGAUGGGCGGAGCGUGACAACGGCGCCAUUUGGGUGCUCUCAACCAGAUUCCACAAAUUCUUUAAGAGAUCUGUCUCUAAGCAUGAGAUAAAUGUACGUGUAUUGCGUAUAGUCGAGGGCGGCUACGGCGGCUACUUGUCACUCCAACCUCACAUACAACGUCGCUCAACAGCUAACCUUACAUCUAACUUCUAAAUUAUUAAUACAGACGACAGACAUUUCAUACAAAUUCUUAUUUAAACCACUCUUUCGUUUCUUUCGGUCACAUUGUGUAUACUCUGUGCUAACUACGGUACUAAAAACAGUUUUAUUCGAUUGAUUCGAUGUUUUAUUAAUAAUGGUAUACAUAAUAUAUUUAUUGAUAGAUUUAACCAAAAAAAGAAUUUAAAUAUAAUUUGACACCUGACACUUCUGACAGUGGACAAUUUCAAAUGGAAUUUAAAGUUAAAUUCAAGCAAGUGAAGUGGUUAAUGUUCUAAAUUAUAUUUUAAGUACCUACAGAACGAUAUUUAGAUACGUAUAAAAAUAUAUUUUAAAUGUUAGAUUUCAUGAAUUAUACGAUUUUCGAUAUGACAUUAAAAUUGGUAAUAAAACUAUAAAUAAAUAAGUCUGUCGUCUUUAAGUUAGAUAAACCCUUACAGUGUCGUCAAUUAAAUCUUAAAUAUGGCUGGUCUCAAACAGUAAUAAUUAUCUCAAUUCAUAUAUAAUAAUUCAUAUUUAAAUUAUAAAAAUAAUUAGUGAUUUGAUAAAUGUCUAAAAGUAUCAAAAUGUACCAAUUUAUCUUCUAUAUUUAUGUACAUACGAAUUAAGAUAAUAAUUCUGGCUUUGUAGCCCAGCCUAAGACCUAUAUUAUAUAAUGUACAGUACAUACAAUAUAUAUAUAUAUAUAAACAGUAUAUGACAAGCCGCAAGGAUCCAAGAUGUUCUUUUAAGUUCUGAUUAAUAACAAAUGUUUUGGCCAUUAUUGUGUAAUUUCAUGAAAAAAGAUUCAAAUUUCUGGGCUUGUGAAUUUUGAAACCAUUUUGAACCAACCAGAAUUUUUCGUACCGUUAAAAUAUUUUACUAUUCGAUAGAGCCUACUUUCAUAUAAAUACUAGUCUUGUAUUUGAAUCGGACGGGCCGAUCAGAAAUAAGUUUUAGAAAAACAUCUUGCUAGUACUAGUUAAUAAUAAAUAACAAGCGAAUAUCAUAGAAAAAUUAUACGACUCUAAAAUACUAGAAGAAAACGUAUGAUAUGGAAACUGGACGUUCGUUAUUUUAUAGUCGAUGACAUUUUAUCGUAAAAUUCCUUUAACUAUAGACUAUUUUUAAUGCGUCUUAGAUUUGGAUUCUGAAAUGGAUUAAAAAGCAGAUGUUUUUAAUUAUGCGGAAAAAAAAAUCAAUGAUUGUAUAGUCAUAUAUGUCCUCUAUUUUAAGUUAUUUAAAAAAUGUUUGUGUGUAUGUAUUAAAAAUUGAAACAGAAGCCAGUUUUUAAACAUUUGCUAGUAUUAGAUGAAUAUUUAAACCCAUUAUGUCCUAUUAUUACCGAGCUCUUUUAAAAUAAACAUAUGGAAAUAUUGUGGUAUGUUAUAAAUUGUGUACUUAUAACACGUGCAAUAUCCUUCAAAAUGCCAGAAAAGUACUGUCAGCAAACACGUCCAAGAAAAAAAUAUUGUUUUAAAUAAUUGUACGUGUUUUGAUGUAUAUACUUGAAUUUAAAGUGACAAUUUUCGUAUUUCAUUACAACUAGGAUAUUAAUUAGAGAUAUUAGUAACGAGUCGUUUUACUGUAGUCGUAAUAAAGUAUUACAGUAAUAGUAAAUUAUGAAUAAGUCAGCUGCGUGGAUUAAAUGAUAUAGGAACGGUUGUCAAAACGCUCUGAAGCAUACCUUUAAUUCUUGUUGCAUAUACAUAUAUUUAUUACAUUAAGGGUCUGUUGCACAAUGUACGGAUAAGUUCUACAUAAAUUUCAAAUGAGUUUUAUUACUUAUCGGUAGGAUAAACACUAUUGUUGCGUUUUAUGACUGUCAGAUAUUCGUCACAUAAAGUUAAGAGUCCGAUGAAACGCGAAGUUUCUUAUUCGGAACUUUUAUCUUCCAAAUAAUUUAUCUGUUGCAUAGCUAUUUGGUACUUUAUCCAUACACUGUGAAACAGAACCUUAAUCAAUUUAUAAUUUACAAAUAAACAGUCAUAUGCAUUAGAAAUUUGAUUGAAACUUUCGUUCGAUCGCGACUUUACAUUGACAUAUUUUUAUCGACACACAACUACAAGAUCUGGUCUCAUAUGUUCUGGAUAUGAAAUGUAUGUGUUUCAUUGACUGGUUCUAUAACAAAUUCGUCAAAAAAAAUCCAGUAUGAAUAAUUAAUAUCAUUUUAAUGAGUUUGCUGAUAGUACCCAAUUGUUUCCAGUUACCAAAUUACGUAAUAA